GGAAUACUUAUUAUUAGUGUUUCACUGGCUUCUUUAAUAAUGCAUUCUGGAUCUCCCCACUCUGGUAUAUUAUACUUGAUUAUUAACGAUUUGAAAUUAGAAGAUCCAUUUAUCAAUUCCAAAAAAAAAAAAAAAACAAUGGUGAGAAGAUAUUUAACUGGUAUGAGUAUAUUCGUAAGAAUAUUGAAUAUGGUAAAAAAGAAUCAGCGAUUAACUAUAUUGAGAAAAUAUAUUGGACUCAUUAUGGAUCAGUAGAUGAGGUAAAGAUAUUGAAAUCAUUUUGGACAGAUAACCCAAGACUAAAUAUUGCUACAGUUUAUGAUAUGGCAUGUGAGUAUGCUUUAGAAGAAAAUAUCAAUAAUUUAUGGGAACAAAUACCAAGAGAGAUGCAAAAUAAAUAUUAUGAAAAUAAAUAUACAGAAUAUAAGCGUCUUAUAUUAGCAUAUUGGCAAUAUUGUAGGGAUGGAAAUUUAUCGCUAUUUAUUAGAUAUCUUGAAACAUCAAUACAUACAGGAAGGACAUAUAUACAUAAUUAUUUAUAUAAUAAAUAUCAUUCAAUAGAAGAGAAUAUGUUUAGAUUGUCGGUCUAUGGAGGAUAUAGCAAGGCUGUAGAAUAUUUUUGGGAUAAGUUAAAUGAGGAAGAAAGAAACAGAAAUGUAGUUAGUGGUAUACAAAUAUCUGUUACUAGCAAUAUUCCUGAUUAUACAACAAUUGGGGAAUCUUAUCAUAAAAAAGAAAAGUGUGUAGAAAUAUGUAUAUUUCUUAUAAAUCAAGUGAGAGCAGGCUAUAAGAGAAAAACUAUAGCUUGUAUUGUAUAUGAUUCAUUUGAGGAUGAUAUAUAUGUAUGUAACAUUUUAAAAAUGAUAUCAUCCAUGUGGCCAUGGCAAGAUUUUCUUGGACAAAUAUUAGACGAAUUAGAGGCAGCUUUGAAAGCGCAAGAUAAUGGCUAUACAGGUUUAAAUUUGUUAUAUGUGAUUACAUCUUGCAUGAAAAGAGAUUACAAUUUAGGUUAUGUAAUAGAAAAUAGUAAGUAUGGGAUGAUACUACAUGAAGUAUGGCAUAAAAUCCCUGCAUGCUUAAAAUCAAAGAUAGCUGAGACAGAUCCACAUUUAGAUCUCAUACAGGAUUUAUUAGAGAUUUGGCACUUAUCAAGCAUAAAGUUAAUAAUUAAUGCUCCAGAGAUGACACAAUGGAGAAAAAAAUUAUUAGAAUCUGGAUAUAUAAUAUGUACAAGGAUAGGACAGCUAAUAAGGAUAGGACAAUAUGAAUUAUUAAAUCAAUUCAUAGAGAAAAUAUUAGUUUCUGAAAAAGAGAAGAAGCUUUUUAAACAAACCAUUGAUAUCUGGGAUUAUUUCAUAAAUGAAGACCAAUAUGAUUUGGCAGAUAAAUUAUUAGAUUGGCAAUCUGAUUCCAUAGAAGAGAAGGAAGAGCUUAAGAGUAAGAUAAAUCAUGUAGGGCUUUGUCUAAAUUUUAUAGAAGAGGAUCAAUACGAAUUAGCAGAUAAGUUGCUAGAUUGGAAAUUUUCUACAGAAAAAGCAAGACAAGUUUGUAAGGAUAGUUUUAAAAACAAUAAAUCUUCAUAUGAUUAUAUUUAUAAACUAUGGGCAGUAGAAAAAGAAGAUGUAGAGAUAGCACGAAGGAAGUCCCAUAAGUUUUUAAACUGGUUUUUACACUCAGAAGAAGAGAUAGUAUGGUUUAAAAAACAGAAGUUAGUAAAUGACCGAUUAGAAGAAAUACUUUGUGAGUUAUUUAUAGAAAAUAAUUAUUUUGAAACAAUUGAGUAUUUUUUAGAUUGGUGUUUAUUAUCAAAAGAGGAAAUACAAAAGUUAAAGCAAAUAGUAGUAAAUAGGAAAAUAUCUAAAAAAUGUAAAUGCAACGUAAUGCGGAAUUAUAUAGAUAUAGCAGAGAAAUUUAUUAAAUGGGCUUUCGAUGAAGAGGCAGAAAGGACAAAGUUUAUUAGACAAUUUAUGUUAUCAAAUGAGGGUAUAGCAUGUUGUGCUGGUUUUAUAGCAGGGGCAAAUAAAAGCAUAACUGACAACGAUAUACCAACAUUCUACGAAGUAAUUAUUAUAUUUAAUAACUAUAUCGAUUUUUGGAUCAAACCUUUAAAGAACCUUGAUGAAAUAAAAGAUAAAUUAAAAGAAUAUAUAUUUUGCUAUGGUACAGAUGAAAAUAUGGAAAAUUAUGAAAUAUUUAUGAAUUUAUUAGACAAUGUAGAUCUAACUAAUGAGAUGAUGAACAUAAGUUAUAUGGGAUAGUAGUAAUAUGAAUAUAUAAUUAUCAAAUUUUUAAGUAGUAUUAGGUGGUACAUAUAUCACAGACUAAUAAGCCAGAAAUAAUAAAGUUACUAAUAAGUGAGCCUAUUAAUAAUCAAUGAAUUAAUAUUUUUAAUCAUUACGUGGUGGAAGUAAUUUGAUACAGAACGAUGUCAAGGUACUGUGGAGAGCAAUAUGCUUUAUUAUCGGAAUAAACAUCAACUAUACAUUCCCCAUUAAAGUCACGAUUCUUCUUAAAUUUCUUCCUUAAUGCAGUGAUCUCUAAAUUAAGUAUGGAGUAUAUAUUUUUAAUAGGAAUAGCUAAAACGCUGGUAUUUAAAACUACAAAAUGGAAAUUACAAUUAAUAAAGAAAUACUAUCAAAGAAUCGUAAUAUAUUUAUAGAAUUGUGUAUUUCAUAAUUCGUAUAUAUAUGGAAAAUAUUCUAUUACUUCCACAAACAUUAUAUUUCCUUUUAAUGUUAGAUUUAAGAAGCACGAAAGGAAAUCUCAGUAUGCAAUUGUUUAAAAAGAUCUCAGCUUUAUUAUUUCUUAAGUCCUAGAAGAUAACUGAUUUUUUCUGACGGAGAAAACGAAUCUUGUUUACACGUAGCAUUUACUGUAGCGAAUAAAUAGGAAAUAGAAAAUAGAUGCAAAGGCAUGCAGCGUGUUGUUUAAACCAUAACGAAUCUAAAAGAUAGAGACAUGACUCACUGAUAAUACAGAUUUUAUGCAGUCUCCGCAUUUCUUCCUUGUAAAUUGCAACACGACCUUGCUCUACCGUGUUUCACCUCGGGAAUAACCACUUACGGUGACAUCUUAAAAGGUAUGAUUGUAUUUCACAGCGACAGUCAACGGCUGUGAAUUCAUUUUGUAAGUCAGUGGUAGGAAGAAGGAAAUGAAACGUUUCAGGAAAUCAUGAGAAUAUAAAUAAUGAAUGGAAUGCAGUAUGUGUUUUCUGCAGUACGCAUUGUGCUCAGUGCUCUCGUUUGAAGUAAAAGAUAGACUUGGACUUACAAAAUGUAAAAGUUUAAUGGUUGAAAGGAAGAGACUGUACAUUCGGGAACACGUGCAGAAUAUUUUAUAGCAUUUUAUAACAUGUAUUUAAUGGACUACGCUUAGCAGCUUUUAGCAGUUUUAGACUCUCAUUUUUCAGUAAUUCAAAGCCAUUUCUAUUGCUAAUACUUUUAUUUUAUGUAUAUUUUUCAAAGAAAUCCAUUUUUUAAUAAAUAUUCAAAAUAUAUAUGCUAUAUGCAUAUUCUAUCUAUUGUACAUUAGUUUUAUUAAGUUAUUUGUUAAACAGGAGUUUAGAAUUUAAUAGACAGUAAUGUAUUAUCUUUCGUUUUAUGUAUUUUCAAGUGUUUAACAUGCUAUUAAACGAUUCGAUAUUCAACAUACUUACUUGGACUUCAUUAAUUAGUAUAUAAAUCUUAUCGUAAAUACAAUGAUAUUCACACGCUUUUAUAGCCACUGGCACAUAUCAAAUAUUGCCAGUUACAGAUUAAUUAAAAAAAUUAACCAUUCCUAGUCCUUCAUACCCUAUUUAAUAAACAUACUCGAAUUCAACAUGAUACAACUAUCGUCGAACCAUGAAAUCGAUGCAGAAUGGAUUCGCAAUACCCGCAUGACACGAUCGUGGCUUAGCUGUCUAUUUCAAUAAAUUUUUUCGCUGUCUCAUCGUUUGGGAAACAGCUGUUUAUAGUAACACUCGCUGGAGGUACACUCGUGAUGUUAAUUCACGAACCUAUGAUUAUUACAUUUAUCAGAUUGAGAAAUAUAUGAAAUGUCCAAAUGCUAAAUCAUACACACUGCGUUUAUAUUAAUAAAAAAAAAGUCAGAGUCUGACAGAUACGAUCGCGAUUUCAUUCGACUGAAUUUGUUUUGAUUUGAUUCGAAUCAUCGUAAUGAAAGGGUUCGUGUUUUCCGAACACAGAGUACACGUGUGUUGUUCGCCGCAAAGUACGGUAGGAGCUCGACUCGAGUUGCAGGUUUAUAAAUUCUCGCCUCCAGUGCGCCAACUUACGCGCCGAGUCGAGAGGUCAAAUCGUCGAUACCAGGUAGAACGCAAGUUUUUCGCGUAGAACAUCGGAAACUGAUACCCCAGCGUCAAUACCGCCUCAUAAAUGAAACUCAGCCUCUAAAUCUAAAAAAAAAAAGAUGGUUGAACAAGUACAAUUCGCUCAGUUGUAUCGUUCA